AAGAACUUCAAAAUUUCCGAAACCCCCAUAACCAAAUUCCACCACUCUCCGUGAGUGUUUAUCUAUAUACAUAUAUAUACACGCAUCUUUUGAGAGAGAGAGAGACCAUACGCAAGUACUAUUGUUUAUAAGCUUGGUGUUUGAUUGGAAAGGGAAAUCAAGAAUGGCAUUCAAGGGAUUCGGGAAGAACUCAGGCCCAACUGAGCCUCCGAGAGCUCAAACCCUUUUCGGGAACUUCCCUCGGACCCCGUCCCCACCACCUGCAUCUUUCGAGGAAUUUCAAGCAGCGGAGAGCUUGCAUUCACUACCUUUAGCUUUUGAUAGAAAUCAUGCCAUCACAGUUCCAUCCCACCCUUCUGUGGGAGUAAGAAACAGUGAGUCUCGACCUAACUGGACUUAUGGACAAAAGUCUGUUUACAAGGACCUUGAUGCACCAACUGAUGAAGGAUCUUCUCCACACUUGCCACCCAUCACUUCAAAUAGUUCUGGAAUUGGUGUAUCACACACAGCAUCCCAAGUUCAAGAUCUGAAAAGAAUUAGAUCACCUCCCUCAUUGCCAGUAGAUGAAAGGAUUUUAAGGAACUCCAGAAUGACCAGAGGGAGCCAUUCAGAGUUGAUCUUCAAUGAUCCAGGCCACUUGACUGCACAACAAAUGCAAUCACCUCCUCCAACUUUUCAAAACAAUCUGGGCUACUUGGUUACUCAGCGACCACAAUCCCCUCCUUUAGGUUUCCGGAACAGUCCUCCCAUUGGUAACCAAACUCCUCCUUUUGGUGAAGUUCAACGACCUUCUCUGUCAUCUCCUCUGAAGGGUAACCAAUCACAGUCACCGCGAAAUUUUGCAAUCCCAUUGGCUCAACAAAAAAUUCCUACUAUAUCUACUUAUUUAGAUACUUAUGAUUCUGCAAAAAAUAUGCCAACCAAGCCUACUGAUCAAGUCUCAAAGAGAAGCAGAUCACCACCUAUUUUACCCUCUAAUGGAGAUUCCUUUCAAAAUUCUGUCUAUGGUGUACACAAUUCCAAACGGCCUUCCAGCUCUCCUCCCAAACUGAGGCAAAAUUUUCCUUCUAGUGCUCCUGGUUCUCAAACUCAUCAACAGUCUCUUACAUCUGGGCAUCAUAAUAGUGCUGAUAUUGGCUUGAUGAAACCCAUGAACCUUCCUGUUGCCAAAAGGACCAAGUUACCAUUUGUACGCACAUUUGAUCAUGUCCUUGAAGAUGAAUCCUCCACUGUCCAAGAUGAUAGUGAACGGGAAUCUCUGGCAAAAGCUAAGCGUUUGGCCCGCUUUAAGAAUGACCUACAUCAACCAGUACAAAGUGAUCCUGGUCCUCAAGACCAGAAAGUUGUUGCAAAGAGACAACAUGAAUUGGUGGUUGAGAGACAAAAAAUUAUAGGGGAAUCCAGUGCUAGUACUACAGGGGAUUUCUCUAAUGGCAAUAUGAUAUCUGAUUACGAGGGCCCUGAGUCAUCUGGUAUCAUAAUAGGAUCUUGUCUGGACAUGUGUCCAGAAUCUGAGAGAGCAGAACGAGAAAGAAAAGGAGAUCUUGACCGAUACGAGCGCUUAGAUGGAGAACGAAACCAGACGAGUAAAUCGCUUGCUGUUAAGAAGUACACUAGGACAGCAGAGAGAGAUGCUGAACUCAUCCGUCCAAUGCCAAUCCUGCAGCAGACAAUGGAUUAUCUACUAAAUUUGCUGAAUCAGCCCUAUGAUGAUAAGUUUCUUGGUUUGUACAACUUCUUAUGGGACAGGAUGCGUGCUGUCCGUAUGGAUCUGAGAAUGCAACAUAUUUUCAACCUUGAAGCUAUCACUAUGCUGGAACAAAUGAUACGACUCCACAUAAUUGCUAUGCAUGAGUUAUGUGAGUAUACAAAAGGAGAAGGGUUUUCAGAAGGAUUUGAUGCACACUUGAACAUUGAACAAAUGAACAAGACAUCAGUUGAGUUAUUUCAGUUAUAUGAUGAUCACCGGAAAAAAGGAAUAGAUGUGCCAACAGAGAGAGAAUUCAGAGGCUACUACGCACUUUUGAAGCUUGACAAACAUCCAGGAUACAAAGUUGAGCCCGCAGAACUGUCACUUGAUUUGGCCAAGAUGACACCAGAUAUGCGUCAAACUCCGGAAAUUGUAUUUGCUCGUGAUGUAGCCAGAGCGUGCAGAACUGGCAAUUUUAUUGCCUUCUUUCGUCUUGCGAGAAAAGCUAGCUACCUUCAAGCAUGCUUGAUGCAUGCUCACUUUGCAAAGUUAAGAACCCAGGCCCUUGCUUCGUUGCACUGUGGUUUACAGAAUAACCAAGGAAUCCCUGUUAGCCAAGUUGCCAAAUGGCUUGGGAUGGAGGAAGAGGACAUAGAAAGCCUUCUUGUCUAUCAUGGGCUCACCAUAAAGGAAUUUAAAGAACCAUAUAUGGUGAAGGAGGGGUCAUUUCUGAAUGUUGAUAAUGACUAUCUGGUCAGGUGUUCAAGACUUGUUUAUGGUAAAAAGUCAAGAGCAAUAGUUGAAGAUGUCUUUUGUACACAUCUGGCAGAAACAAUUUCUUCCAUAAAAGAGAUAGAGCCUCAGUUAGAUAAAGUUGAGGAGAAUCCUGCUUCUGUUCAGUUUCUUGAGUCUGAUAGUUUUAACCAGGCCAUUGAUGAGGACAUGCCUGAUUAUGAAACAAUGUCAUCUCCAAAAGAUAAGGUGAAGAUUAUGCCAGUAUUUAAAAUGCCUAUACAUAAAAAGGGUCAAGACGAAAGUGUGGUGAUUCCUACAAGUCCUAAGGUAUCAGCUGCGCAUGGUCCUCCAGAAUCUCCAAAGGACAUAUUUAGAAGUUCGGGAAAACUAAAGUAUGCUACUGUUUUUGGAAGCUCUCUUGAUAAAGUUGAGCAAAUUGAAGCUACAGAAACACCUUUCCAACUUACAGCAUCAAGAGUGGAACAAGAGAGACUGCCAGUUGGGCAAACUGACUUUGUUGAGAAAUCUUCAGUUCCACAACAUUUGCCUGUUGAAGUCAUGGAAGAUGAAGAACAAUUGAUUUCUUGUCAACAGGCUGAAACUGAUGUAGCAGAAGCAGGUUAUUAUGAUGAAGAAGUUGCAGAGGCUAAACUUAAACUGAUUAUAAGAAUAUGGAGACGACACUCUUCAAAGAAAAGGGAAUUGCGAGAGCAGAAAAAGCUAGCAGCAAAAGCUGCAUUAAGCUCACUGUCAUUGGGCCCACCAAUUUGGCACUACAAAACUCAGCCAAAUUUGCUUGGUGAUUUCAACAUUGAUGGUGUGAUGUUGAAGAGAUAUGAAAUUCAACAAAAGUCAUGGUCAAGGCUGAAUGUAUCAGAUGCUGUUGUCUCUAAACUUUCUGGAAAGAACAAUGCUGCUAACUGCCUCUGCUGGAAAGUCAUUUUAUGUUGUCAUGAUGACAUGCAAUAUUUAAAUAAACCAAGCCAAAGAAAUGAAGUUGACAAGUUGGCUGCUGGAUCAUGGCUUCUUUCCAAGCUUAUCCCUGCUAAUGAUGGCAUUGAUGACGAGCUGGUUUUAUCAUCACCCAGACUGUCAAUAUGGAAGAAGUGCAUUCCUAAUGUAUCUGGGGGGGAGCUGAAAAGUUGUUUCUCAGUUAUCAAGAAAACUGAAUUUGAUAAUCUAAGUGAGACUGUGGCAGGUGCAAGUGCUAUUGUCUUCCUGGUGUCAGAGUGCUUCCCAUGGGAGAUCCAAAAGAAAAGACUUCGUGAACUUCUGAUGGCUCUGCCUUAUGGUUCCUGUCUGCCUCUUUUGAUAUUAAGUAGUUCAUGCAAGAAUUUUCUAGAUCCCUCGACCAUAACUGAAAAAUUGGGGCUCCAUGACAUUGAUAAGUCGCAGGUUAAUGCAUUUUGCAUUGUUUUCCUUAAAGACGACCCUACAGAACAGUUGAGUGGAUUUUUUAGUGAUGAGCAAUUGAGACAAGGGCUAGAGUGGCUAGCAGAUGAAUCACCCCCACAGCCAGUACUUCACCAUGUAAAAACCCGUGAGCUGGUUCUGUACCACUUAAAUCCCUUAUUGGAAGCUCUUGAUAAGAUUAAUGCUCAAAACACAAAUCCAAAUGCCUUGAUUUCAGCUUUUAAUGAGGCCCUGGAUCAAUCAGCAAGAGAAGUAGCUGCUGCUGCUCAAGCAACGCCUACUUGUUGGCCCUGCCCUGAAAUUGCAUUGCUGGAGCAAUGUGGCAGUCAGAACAGUUAUUUUUUGCAGUACUUACCAAGCAUAGGAUGGAGCUCUGCUGCAAGGAUUGAACCACAUGUGCAUGCAAUAGUUGGGUGCAAACUUCCAGCUUUUGAGGAGGAUGCAAGUUGGCUAUACAAAGGCAGUGAUAAGAAUAGUGAGAUUGAGUACCAAAUGUCACAACUUGAGAAUUGCUUGUUCAAGUAUUUCACAGAGACUAGUAAGCUGAUGGGACGGUCAAUAGCUGCAAAAGAGGUGAACAUUAUGCUACAGAAGUACACUCGGCUUCAACUCCAUAACUGUAACUUUUAUCUCAUGCCAAACUGGGUCAUGGUUUUCAGACGGGCAUUCAAUUGGCAGCUAAUGAAUUUAGCUCAUGGAAGAUUUUCAUCAGUUUAUGUCUUGAAGCAACCGGAGCUCUCCGUUUCACCUCAAGCUGUGUCUGUGUCUGUGUCUAACUUAAACAUUGAAGAUGGAUCAGUAUUGCCUUUUGUAUUGGUGCAACCCUCCCUUGAUGAGAUGGUUGAAGUUGGUUGUACCCCUUUUGCAUCUGAAUCUGAUAUCCUAAAUACGCAAGGAUGCUUCGAAACACGGUGGCCUAUGGCUUUAGAUGAUCAUAACAUUGAAAAGGCAGUUGAGCCAUUGGGGGAUGAAAUGAAUGUUGAUCAGGACGGUACAUUUGCGACAUCUUAUAAUCAUGCAACAACACAAGUAAACAAUAAGGGAGGUGAAUCUCUGCCAGCCACCAAGGCAUCAAAGGGAGCUAAUAAAUUAAGUGAGUUGUUAGAGAAGUGUAAUCUUGUGCAGAACAUGAUAGAUAAGAAGUUGUCCAUAUAUUUUUAAUUCCUACUUCCUCACAAUGUAGCAUAUGUAAUUUUUCAACACCAUAUUUAUACCUAAAUGGUGAAGAAGAGCUCAUGUACCCUGUAGUGAUCUAGUACUAUACUAUGGUGUUCUUUUUAGACAGUUAUAGAUUCCAAUUUUUUGUAACAUGCUUUGCUUUAUUUGUCUAUUUGUGAAUAUUGCACUUGGAUUUGUAA